UUGACAUUCUGGAAAACAAGAAAAAGAAGUUAGCGGCGCGGGUGAGCAAGGCGUUUCAGGCGCGGCUUGGCCACCUAAAGGCGACAGACAAGGAAGGACCUGCUGCGACAAGAGGAAGAAGGCCCGUAGCCCGGGCCAGGUGCUGUCUUCGCGAGUGCCCUGCUUCCCCGGCUCGCUCUCUGGCCAGUCCCUGCGUCUCCCGGGAACUGCGCCCUCAUGGCUGAGGUGAAAGUGAAGGUGCAGCCGCCCGACGCGGAUCCGGUGGAAAUAGAAAACAGAAUUAUAGAAUUAUGUCACCAGUUCCCUCAUGGAAUCACAGACCAAGUAAUUCAGAAUGAAAUGCCUCACAUAGAAGCCCAGCAACGGGCAGUGGCCAUCAAUAGACUGUUGUCCAUGGGUCAACUGGAUCUCUUACGGAGCAAUACAGGCCUUCUGUAUAGAAUAAAGGAUUCUCAGAAUGCUGGCCCUGUCUCAUUCUUUCUAAGUAAAAUGAAAGGAUCAGAUAACCAAGAAAAACUAGUAUAUCAAAUCAUAGAGGAUGCAGGAAAUAAAGGAAUAUGGAGCAGAGAUAUCCGAUACAAGAGUAACUUGCCAUUAACAGAAAUUAACAAAAUUCUAAAGAAUUUGGAAAGUAAAAAGCUUAUCAAAGCUGUUAAGUCUGUGGCAGCCUCAAAAAAGAAGGUGUAUAUGCUGUAUAACCUGCAGCCGGACCGGUCUGUGACUGGUGGAGCCUGGUACAGUGACCAGGAUUUUGAAUCCGAAUUUGUAGAGGUGCUUAACCAACAGUGCUUUAAAUUCCUACAAAGCAAGGCAGAAACAGCACGAGAAAGCAAACAGAAUCCGAUGAUACAAAGAAAUAGUUCAUUUGCUUCGUCACAUGAAGUGUGGAAAUACAUCUGUGAAUUGGGGAUCAGUAAGGUAGAGUUGUCCAUGGAGGACAUUGAAACCAUCUUGAAUACACUCAUUUAUGAUGGGAAAGUGGAGAUGACUAUCAUUGCUGCAAAAGAAGGCACAGUUGGCAGUGUAGACGGACACAUGAAACUGUAUAGGGCAGUCAAUCCAAUCAUCCCGCCCACAGGUUUGGUCCGGGCUCCCUGUGGACUCUGCCCGGUUUUUGAUGACUGCCAUGAAGGUGGUGAGAUUUCACCAUCUAACUGUAUUUACAUGACAGAGUGGCUUGAAUUUUAAAAGAGAGCUGUGAACUUUACUGACAUUUUGCAAAUGAAGUUACUUUGGGAGCAGAUAAUUUAAUUCGUGAUGGAACAUCAAAUUCCCUGGAAAGCCAACUUCACAGUAAUGGAUACAGACUUGCUGCUGUGAAAAUAUGUUUUUUUAUCUAUGAACACUAAAUUUAUACUGGUAGAGCAGCCAACAAAAUAUGAAGCAGGUAAGGUUAGUAGUGAAAUCUACUCUUAAAUAAAUAAAAUACUUUGAAGUUCUGGAGGACCGCCUUCUGAAGCUUUCAAGACUUUUGAUGGUUCAAGGAAAAAAGCCAAGAAAUCCAUGUUUACCAAGUACUGUGAUAGUGGCUAGAGCUUAAAAAUGCCCAUUUUAAACUUAUUUAUUAAAGUCUUCAUUGCAAAUUUUUUAUAUCCGGUUCACUAUCACCAUUUCUGUUUUCUCUUUUCUCAGUGGUUUCAUUGAGAAGAAAUUGAAAGUGGGGAAGGCAGGAAUUGCAGGAGAGUGUACACAAACUUGGGGCAUGAUGCGGAAGAGAGUGGAACAUCCCUUUUCCACACACUAUUAAUUCCUUUUUGUGUCAGAAAUAUUCUUCCAGAGGAUUAUGCCACUGUACUUAACCUCAAACCCGAAUGAUGACAGUUGUCAAGGAUAUGUUUUCAGUGCAUAAGUAUUAUCAUUCUCAUUCUAAAGGGAAUAUUUUCACUGGUCCUUCUUUGUUAAAGUCUUAAAAGUCUAACUCUGUGGCUCAAUUGUAUUAUUUGCUGGAAUUUGCCCCUAGAUACAUAUUAUUUAACUAAAAUUAUACUAAAAAUGGUCCAUUGCCCUCUAUUCACAGUUGAUGGGGGAGGAGAGUGCCAUUUUUCUUGUCCUGUUUUAGAUUUGUUCCCUUUCCUUAUUCUGUUCUAAAAAUCAUGGUGUAAUGGAUCUAAACUAAGCCGAAAACCAUUAUAAUUGUCCUCAGCUCUAAUAGUACUUUCAGUCUCAAUCUUUAGCCAUAUAGAAAACACAAGGUUAUUUGAUGUAUUGUUGCAGAGAAGUCAGAUGUAGGGCUUUUUAGCAUCUCAGCUGUUGUAUUUUCACUGUGUGGCACUUAAAAGUUUCUGUGUCCAGGCCAAAAGCAUAGGAUCAAGGGAAAGGAAUUCAAGGUUAGCUACUACUGAGGCCUGAGUUCAAACAGCAGUUUGGAAAUACUCUAAGUGGACAACCAUCAGAGGGUUAUUUUGAGAUAAAUUGAAUCGGUAAAAUAAAAUUCAGCCCAAUAACCAAUUAAGAACCAGAUAAAUUCUGUGGCCACCUCUAUAGAGUUAGCAUUUGAUGACACUAGUGCUUUAAAACAGAUCAUUUUCAAGUAUUGCAUAUAUAUGUAUAAUACAGAAGAAUCUGGGACCCAAAACUACACAGGGUUUCUCUUCCAACCACAGUGAGAGCUGGAAUGGUAAGAACAUUAUCUGUCCUUCCUGAGACCUGGCCCAUCACAGAGGUGCUUGUCUUAUUUAAUGAGAAAACUGAAUGGGAGGAGAGUUAGAAGUGGGGCGAAGGAACCAGUUUGUUUUAAAUACAGACUUUGCAUUAUGUCCUAAUAGCCAGAGAUUGAUUUUUUAAGCUUGCAAUCAAUGGCUGAAACAUAAAAGUGUUCCUUGCCUCAUCAGAAUAAGGAGACCCUUUAUAAACUUUUCUCCCAUAGCACAGUUUUCAUUCUGAUAUUAACUGAAGGAAAAAAGAGACAAUAAUUUAAAAAGACAGCACCUCUGAUGAUAGUUAAAUGGAUAUUUACCCUACAGAAAUAAACUUGGACCAAAACAAACCGUGGGGCUCUAGACUCAUGACAACAACAAAAAAAUCAAAUUGUGAGUGAAGUCCUGAUCUUACAGUUGAUUUCCAUUUGGUAUUAAGGUAUUUUGCUCACCUGAGAAGAGGUAUUCCCUGGAACCUGUGAAGGACCCUUAAUGCUUAAUAAAUGAUCCACAGAGAAACAAAGAACCAUGAGCAUCCUUGAUUUGAUGGUUUAAGGGAAUAGUUUAUGUGGGGUUCUUCUAUGAAACUCCUCUGAUCUUAGUUUGGUGAUGAGUAAAUUUUAUGGAGCCAUGCUAUCUCUGGUAAUCCAACUAAGCAAACUAGUCUAUAAUUUCAAGUUGAGUCACUUUUACUUUGGACUAUUAUUCAUUGGUAGAUGGUAGGUGAGGGAAGAAUAUAAAAUAUAUACGCUAGGCCAGUGUGCUGUCCAACAGAACUUUAUAUCAUGAUGGAAAUAUUCUAUAUCUGCUGUCCAGUAAGGCAGCCAGUAGUCACCCAUGGCUGCUAAGCACUUGAAAUAUGGCUGGUGUGAAUGAAGAACUGAAUUUUUAAUUUUAUGGCUACCUGUGGUUACUGGCUACCAUAUUGGGCAGCACAACUCAACAGUCAUAUAGGUCUAUAUUAGUUAUUUUUAUAAGCAUGAAGAAUAUUAGAAUUAAUUAUUUCCCAGUUGUAUGUAUUUGAUUUUUUCUAUGGAGGAAGAGAAUAAUAAAGUAUUAUGAACUGUUA